CGUUGUUUUCCGCCUUACCGUUACUGCGUUAUUGUCCUCAGCGUCAAGUUUUCAGUGGCUGUGCUUUACGAGACCGGGCUUAGAGAGCCAAGGAUGGAGUCAGAGUGUGUGUGUGUGUGUGUGUGUGUGCGCGCGCGCGCCGUUGCUUGCGGGCCAGUUUGAGGUUCUCGGCUCCGAUUGGAAACGGGGUGACGGUGACACGCCGGGAUCGAUCAAGAGAGCGCAGGAUAAAAACCGGCAGAGAGCCGGGAGUCAGGCUGCGUUUCAGUGUGUGUGUGUGUGUGUGUGUGUGUGUGUGUGUGUUUUGCGCUCUCUACAUUAUCAAAAAUGCUCAAGCUUUAUGGACUGCACGGAUGUAAUCUUUAACUUUAUUUAUUUCGAUUUUUAUUUUGCACUUUUUAAACCAUUUCUUUACCUGCGUUAAGCGACAUCUUUUUAUUCUGCAUAUAAACCCUCCAUGUUUUCUGCGUAUCUUUAGAUCUGGUUGUAAUUCUGGAUCGCUUUGGAUAUAUUUACAAAUGUUCUUGUUUGUAUUAUUAUUAUUAUGAUGAUGAUUAUUAUUACUUUAUUAAUAAUAAUAAAUAAUAAUAAAUUAUUAUUUAUUAUAGCAUUAUUUAUAUAUAUUUCUGCAUCUUUUAUUGUAAUGACUAAAUAAAGCUCUGUGUUAGUUUUUAUCCUGCAAGCUUUUUUUCUUUUUUGUUUUUCUUCAUCUCUCAGGUUACAGUAUUAUUUUAAGAUUUUUUUCUUGCAAUGCUUUAUGUGUUAUUGGCUCAACCUACAGUGAUGUAGCAACAACAUUCAGCUUCCAAAGAGCUAAUUAUGUAAAUCCAGUCACAUCAGAUUGUAUUUUCAUAAACCUUCAUAACGCAUAUGCAAAAUGUUAGUCAGAGAAGAUGUUCAUAUUCGCUAAAAUGCUAGUCGUUAUUCCAAGUGCUUGCUUGACACAAAUUUAGGCUACGUGUGGCACUAAUGUAGCCCAUGGAUUUGCUCCGAUUGCUGUUUUGUCAUUUGAAAAUCUGCAUAUUUGUUAGACAAGGAGCUCGUAGAGCAUUUCAGAUUAAAUCUGUAGAGCUGUCCAAGCCUGGCCUGUAAUGACUCCUGAUAUUCAGACGUGUUUCUGAGGUACAAUUGGCUCAGGGUUGAAAAUGUAUCAUUUCCAUGAAGCCAGAUUGCCCUCUGCCUAUACCAUAUUAAUGUGCAAAUCAAUAUUUCAAGGAUUAAAUUUCCCUUCCUCAUAUUUUAUGGUUUCCACCUCAAUAAGUCUCGAGUCUAAUGGAAGAGGCCGGAUGAUUUAAAAUCCCCCACAGCAGCGACGGUUGCUACAAGCCUGUUCAACACUGAAAAUCCCAUGGCAGUGCACAGGGCUCGACAGCCUCUGUCUAGUGACAUUAACACACUCGGCUUGGCUUAGAAGCUCAGCGAUGACCGUAGAUCUGGUCGAACGCUAAAACAUUGCUCUUAUAAUUAAGCAGGAGCUUUACACAUACGCACACACACACACACACACACACACACACACAGAAGUAAUGUAUGCACAUAUUUCGGAAAGCUCCAUGAAUAAACAAAAGAUGUCCAUUCCCUACAGAUUUUUUUUCCUCCUUCGGGAAAUGUGUGUAGUGUAUAUUUUCCUUAAAAGGCCCUUUAAGAAGCACUCAGCAAAAAUACAGGUUGUGCUUUAGCAUGAUAUUAAGCAUUUAGCAAUGGUUUGAAACCUCAGGCUCCGAAAACACAAAAAUGGUGUGUUAUUACAUUUGCGUCUGUGGAAAUUCAUUACGCUCUGUCCUGUACAGUGGAGCAGCUGAAAGGUUUAUUUCUGUUUUCUUUAACCCCAGCGUUAUCGUGAUCCUCUAAGCUUUCGCUGUCCGUCAUCAGGUGUUUGUUUUUUCUCCAUUCCUCCUGCACCAUCUGGACUACAUUCUGCACAGCUGCAUGAAUUUCAGAUGCGAUAGAACAUUUUUUUCCCUCCCAUUUGGCUCAUCUUACACCUUUUGAAGAGACUCGCUUAAUUUAGCCUGCUAAAAGAAAUCCAGACAGAUGAGGACAAAGACCCUUUUAAUCUGACCACGGCUGUUUGAUUUCCUUAAAGAUUCCUUUACCAUCUCAAAAUCUGCACAUCGUCUCACAUCUGGGUGUGAUGUUAUGAGGAUCUUUUCCUUGUCUGUUUUGCUAAGGAAAUGUUUGUCAGUGCGUGUGAGACAUGUUUAAGUUAUACCUGUCAAAUCGAACAUCAAACAUGACUUAUUUUUAAUUUUAAGGGGAAAAAAGCAUGGCAGUCAUCACUGAGUGCUGGCUCGUCAAGAAACGCGAGGAGUGAGUGAUUUGUUUGUGCUUGAUGUGGAUUUGCCUUGCGCUGCAUGUUUAAUAAAGACCACCGCUGUCUCUCUGUUUGUGUGUCUGCGGUCCUGAUGAUUCCACGGACAGCGUUGAGAAAAUUAUCACAUUGUUGGCGGAGGAACUGUGGGGCUUUUGUUGCAGGCCCAAUUGAAUUUGGUCCGGUUAG